AGCAGUGAAGGGAGCCAAGCAUGGGCACCACAAACAUGAACGUCAUUGCCCUUCUCGUCGCUCUUGCCGCGACGCUCUCCUCAUACUGCAGUGCCUCGUCGCCUCACUAUGCCUUCCCGCCAAUCGAAGCACCAGCUCAAGCGCCCUAUGCGCCGCUGACGGCACACCAUGGAUCUGAGAAUAGGAAGCAUCACCAUCACGAGUUGCCACCGGUUGAGCCACCAUCCUACAACAGUUCACCAGACCACAAACACCACGGUCACCAGGGCCACCAUGGCUACCAUCACCACCACCAUCAUGAAGCUCCCGCAACCCCUUCCCCGACUCACCACCCUCCACUGCCACCUGCUUAUCACGCACCGCCGCCUCAUUUUCCACCCCCAACUCACCACUCACCACCACCCCCAGCUCACCACUCGUCGCCCCCACCUCCAUCUCGCUAUCCACCACAUAUUCCGCCACCUCCAACACACAAGUAUCCGCCGCCACCGUCACCUUCUCAUGGCAAGGCACCACCACCUCCAAGGGGCCACAGGAAAUUUCCGCCACCACCUCAAUCGAUGUACUCGGCUAUAGCGCCUGCACCGGCUGAUUAUAGUGCCAUCUCACCAUCCGAGCAAGCUCCCAUACCACGCCAUCCCUGAUAAUGCGUCUCCGCCACAUCAAAAUGGAUCAUCUCCACCAUCGUAUCUUUGAUGCCGGGACCAAGAUAAACACUUACCGCAGUUAGUAAGCUCGCAGUUAAACACUGGGCAAGAGAUCAAACGCUCAAUGCCUCAAUAGCUACUUUGGAGGUCUUCUUUGCUUUUUCAUCAUAUUUCAUCGUCCAAACAGAAACUUAAUGAAUAAAGUGUGUACUUUGUUUGAAAUAAUGUUGUUGUUUAAGUUCUAAAUUGAAACGUUUCUUUGUCAUCUGGUUCCUGUGUC